AUGGUCACUACGAAACAAACUCGUCAAACACUACCUUCAAUCAAUAAUAACGCGUGUGAGAUCCGCAGUGGCAUGUCCGUGCAGGAUCUAAAACACCUGACUGCUCAACGUCAACGUCUUGAAUUUUGGGCGCGUAACUCGCCUCGGCAAGUGGCAGUUGAAUAUACUUAUGUGUCUUCACCAUCGUCAACAUGCUCGUCAUCGUUAUCUACGUCUCCUCCGCCAAGUUUUAGCGACGGUUCAUGCUAUUCCGCUACGUUGUAUCAUUUAUGGAAGGUGUGA